UAGUUCUAUUUCAACGAAAUAAACGUGUCAAAAUAAUUCACUGGAAAAACGUGAUAAACUAACUCACUAACAACGUAAAUAACGCGGCAAAAUAAUUAACUAAAUAACGAGCCAAAUUUAAAUUUUAAAAAGAUUUACUCAAUAGCAAAACACAAUAACUUUAGGUUUAUAAAAUUUUCACUGUAUAAACACAAUACAGUCUAGCUUUUAUUAUCUUCAAAAUGUAAAAGCUAUUUUAUUGAAAAAACAAUUAAAAAUGUAUAGAUAUGAGACCUUAAGAUGGGAAAAAUCAUUAAUUAAAUAUGAGGAGGGGUAAAAAACAUGAGACUUGUGUCCCACCUUAACCAAUAUAAAUAGGAGGGUCGUGCAAUCUAUUGAAGCAGACAACAAACACAACACCAAUCAUUUUCUCAGAGAGAUUUCUUUUGUCAACUGUCCUUAUCCAUUGUCGAAGCUUGAGGUCUCCUCUCCUUAACUCUUUACGUCUCUCUCAAAGUUUCAAUCUUUUUUUAUUUGGUCUCCUUCUCUGCAACCCGAUAACAGUACUUUUCAUAGAAUCUGAAUAUCUCUAUUGAUAAUUUUCAUUAUAGCUUUGGACUGUUAACUUUUUCCCAUUUAUGCAUUCGAUUUUUGAUUUCUUCUUUAAGAAAAAUAACAAAACUUCGAUAUCAUACAGAAACUCCGAUACACAACGAUGAACGGUCGUGGCAAUAGGACUCCUUCAAGCACUCAAUACCAGCAGAAUCCUUUUAGCACCAACGGUGGCCAGAGCACAGGCAUGUCACUGUCUCACCAGACUUCUCCGUCAACACUUUCUCAGGUCCCACCACUGAUCCGUUUUCCAGCCGGGUCACCAGACUUCAGCCCCGGACCACGGUGUACGACUCAGCCGUUCCCUACCUACUCUGACUUCACUCAGACCAGUCCGUCGUUCCAUUUCCAUAAUCCAUUUGCACCGGGGAGCUCUACUCUGUCGUCUAGCUUCUCCAACUAUCCCCUCACGAGUCCUUCACCGUCUGAGUUCCAUAAUCCAUUGGCGCCGACAAGCUUUACUCCGUUCCCUACCUCCUCUGACUUCACUCAAACGAGUCCUUCAUCGUCAACGUUCCAUAACUCACAGGGGCCGACGAUCUCUACUCCUUCGUCCAGCUUCUACUUUCCCCAGACGAGUCCUUCACCGUCGCCGGUGAGCUCUUCUACGCCGUUCAGUCAUGACUCAUUUAUGCACUCCAACCCCGAACCAUGGACGAUACCUCAACCAUCGCAUGUGUUCUCAUCCACGUCGUCAGGGAGCUCUACUCCGCCUUCGUUCCGUCGUGAUUCCUUUCCCCGCUCAUACCCUGGAAAAGGGUCGAUGACUCAUAGGCCUAUACUUUCAGUCCUGCCGCCGUCGCCUGUCUACUGCUCUAAUCCUAUGGUGAGCUCAUCUCCGACGUCAAUCGGUCGUAAGUCAAUCCCGCUGAUGCACCCUUCUCCAUCAGUACAUGUGGCGAACAGAGACUCUUCCAUUAGGUCUAACCAAAAUCUUCAUCCAUUGCCUCCUCGGGUUCCAGUCAAGAGGUCUAACUCCGCCAAAGUCUCCCGCAGCAACACUCUACAUUCAAGAAAGUCUCAUAAACGGACCAAUUCGAUGGCCCCUCAGAGUUCUCCUGGAUCGAGCUACCUUGAGCUAUCAGAUAUGUUGGUUGGGGACUCAAGCUGUGGCGAGGAAGGCUUUGGAGAGUUGAUCUAUGAUGAAGAAGCCAUGAAGGAGUUCUGUUCUGAGUAUAUGAUUCUGCAUAACAAUAACAAUGGUGAUCAGAAUCAGAAUGUUGAUGUUUUGAUGAUAACCAAUACUGCAGAUUCGGGAGGUCCAGGCAACGCGAAUGAGAGCAAGUUUAAAACUGGAUCGACUACUUCGGGUGUCAAGAGAAGAGCAGGGAAAGAGAUUGAACCUUCACGCCAACUCUAUAGGAGUGCUUCAGCGGAUACAUGUUACAGUGACUCGAUAAAGCGUAGGAAUCUACAGGGUCAAGUUAGCAGUUCUGUUGGAAGAGGAGAUAAAGAGGCUGCAGAUGAUCCUAAGAAAUUUCAAAGAAGGUUGGCAAACCGAGCCGCAGCUGCACGUUUUAAGGAGAAGCAGACGAUGCACAUUCUUGACUUGGAACGCAGAGUAAAGAUUCUUGAGAAGACUAAUGCUUCACUGGUUGGAACGAUGACGCUUAUGGAGAAGGAAAACAUGAUGAUGAUGGGCGAGAACAAGGAAGGGAAGCUUCGAGUUCAAUUGCUGGAGCAAAAGGCACAUCUUCUUGAUGAAAUCGAAAGACUAGAGAAGGAGGCAAAGGAACGAGAGGGCGUAGACUACUCUCAACUGAAGCUAAGUGAAGAGCUCAUCGCUGAAGUCAACCGACUUAAGGUGGCAGCUGGUGAGGGAAUGACAAACCCCAGCCAGUUCGACAGUCCAAUGAUGCAGCCGUUGGAUCCAAACAUGUUCCAGCUGCAACUCAACAUCAAUGAGUUUAAUCAGCGGCCAUUGGAUACAAACAUGUUCCAGCAGCAAGUUAACAUCAAUGAGGUCAAUGAGUUCAAUCAACAACAGCCAAAGCAAGAUUUUUCUGGACAUUAGAUCUAAAGAAAGAAGUUGAGGUGCCUUUGGCAAUCCAAUAUAUGAUUGUAACCGUUUAGACAAUUGUGACUUUUUUUUUGUUUUUUUUUUAAUAAAACUUUGUCUUUUUAU